AAAUGUAAAUUUAAGCAUUCAGUUUGAUGACAGAAUUGUCCCAUGUCUCAGCUAUGAGAGUUUUCAUGCUGUCUGCAGACUGUCGUACCAAAUGUGUAGGAAGAUUUUUAUCUUUUGUUUUCACAUCAUCGCUGUAUUUUCUUUCGUCUGUACAGCUGAAGCUGAGGAGGAGGACUAAAGGAGAAGUGUGGGAAGUGGUCCAAGGCUCAGAUGAGAUGCUGUCGGUCCUUACCUCUCUGAAACAGGAUUGCGCCACCAUUAAAACUCCACAGACGGACCUUAAAGAAGUCCAUCCUCCUCUCUCCGUCCAGAAACUGCAGACCCAGAACCUUCAAUCUGCCACCACUUCCCCCAAACAACUAAGUCACUCCAACACUGCUUCUGACUCCCAGUUAUUCUCCAGUGGCUAUUUCACCCCAAACCAAAGCAGUGAGCUGGAGUCGGUGUCACUCUGUCAGCCUCAGGACUCUGUGGAGGAGUCUGAUGAGCAGAUAGAGAGGCUGCUGGAGGAUAUCAUGAUGGGCCUGAACAUCCUGCCCAGCUUGGAGAGGGACUGCAAGACGCCACGGCCGAACCGUGACGAAGCACCGAGCAUUUGUCAGGUCUCAGUUACAGAAGAUGAACCGGUCCAGAGCCAGAUGCAUGACAUGGUCAGUGCAGCAGGAUGUAUGCCCUCCCGGGAUGUGGGAACACAAAGUAUGCAUUUACCAACGGAUGCAGCUCAUGGCCAGCCCAGCUACGCAGGCCUUUCAGCUGUACAGCCUGAUGUUGAAAUCCAACAGCAGUGCUUUCCUCUGUAUGACUCCACUGUCAGAUCCCUGGGGCAAAGCGAUGAGAUGAGCUGUCAGGAUGUGCCACCAUUCAAUAGUCAGAGUUCUCUGGAUCCCCAAGCAUUUCGGCAGCCAUCUUCACAGGAACAUCAGCCACUUCUUGAGUUUUUGCCUUUGUUGAAUGGAGAUGAGACACAGUCUGAGCAUACUUUUUCCUUGCUUUGCCUGGAUGAUUUGCGACUUCCUCCGUGUCUCUCUCCCUUAGAGCCAUGUACCUCUGCAACAGAACACCAGCCUCUCAUUGACAACUCCAUAAACCCUGUCAAUGAUGUCCAGCAGCAGCCAUUGCUGCCAAGGCCCCCCUGGCUCACAGAAAACAAUGAAUCACUGCAGUUUCCUCUCAGUCCCAUAACAUACAGAGGAAAUAAAAGUGCAUCUGUACCACAGAAUACAAACCAUAGCUGUUGGUCACAGCAAUGGCAGGAGGAGCAGCUGGAUCAAAAUGGAGGAACGUGUGCAGCGUCUUGUUCUGUGAAUGCAAUAACAGCAGCAGAACUGAAGUCUGACCCUGUGAAGGUGAAGGAAAGUUUAAAAUGUAAACAAGUCGACACUACAGGGGAUACUGUGGCACCUAAAAGGAGGAAGAGAAAGGCAAUGAAUCAUCCACAAGAUGCCUCCAGUGCUCUUUUGGCAUGCAAGGAUUUAAAACUCAGUGAUGGAAAUAACAACUUUUUGUCACUCAGUUUGUCAGGUAAUGACAAUAAAGAUAUGCUGCUGAAGGAAACUUCUGCCAGCUCUUCAAGCAUGCCAAGCAGACUUUACGGGAAACCAAAGGACAUGUUUACCUCAGAAGAAAAUGUGAGAGAGAAAACCAGAGGGCCAGGGGAUCUUGGUACAGGACGGGCUCGGAUCAGGACCAGAGGAUUUGUGAAAAAAGCUCAGCAAUCAUCAAAUGACACAGUCCCAGGAAAUUCUUCUGUUUUAAUACCCGUAGUCUGCAGAGCUAAAAUUGUGAAUGAGCAAGGAUCUCGGAAGAAGAAACGUGGAAGACCUCCAAAAGUGAAGCUUGAAGAGAACCCUUUCGCUGUCGUUCCUGCCAUCAUUGACAACAAGAGCCAUGAGGUGGCCAGUGAGCAGCAGCUGGACGUGGUCUUGACAAAGGAGAAGGAGGAUGAAAAAACAAAGAGAAGGCGCAAAAAACGGAGAAGAAAUAUGAGUGGAGUGGAGGGCAUUUCACUGAAGAACACCCUGAGUGCUGAGUGUAACGGCAAAGCAGACAAUAGCAACAACAAUAGUAAUGACAUUAAGAGUCCAGGAAAACCCAAACGGCCACGGAUGGUUACUCUGAAGGACAUUGGAAAGCUUAUCAAGCGGCGACACACAAUACCCAGGAAGUCAAAAGAAAGCCAGCAAGCAAAUGGACCUGUAGCAGAUGUAGGAAGUGAAAUGAAGGCUAGCAGAGAUGGCAGCAGAUUGGACGAAUCGACUGAUGAGGCAGAAAUAGUGAUAGACAUCGAAGAAGAUGCCAUCAAUUUCAGCGGCAUAGUGGAUGAAAAUCUCAAUCAGAUUUUCAACAAAUCAGCAGCUCAGCUUAGCAAAUCACACCAAGAUGACAGCUCUGCAAGUGAGGACACUGGUUUGUUUGGUAAUAAAGACCAUCCAGAAGAAGACAGAGAGAUGCCACUGAAGAAUCCUGAUGAAGGAUUGUUCUGUGGCUCCAGAGGAUCUGAUGUUAUCCAGUCUGUGAUCAGCAGCGAAGGCUCAUCUCACAGCGACACCAACCUGCCUGAAGAAUGUGACAACACGACUUCGGACCAGAGCUUGCACCUCCAGACGCCAGAGAAAACUGGUCCACCUGUGUCAGAACCUGAUGAAGAAGUCGAGGUGGAUGUUCUGCUUUACUCUCCAGACGAAGCACCGCAGUCCAGACUGUGUGAGCACGGAGUCAACAAUGUGGACACGACUGCAGACGAAGAAGAGGAAAUCGAUGUUACAGGAGAUGAGGCCGAAUAAACUUUGUACACGUGCACCGUUUUUUUGUUAGCAGUUCAGCACUGUCAUACCAAAUCUGAAGUUCUCUGUUCUGUUCUGUUUUUUUUUAAAACGUUAAGUCAAGUUAUUAUUAAUAUUUGUAUUUAUGCAGCACAUUGGAAGGUGUUCUGCCAAAUUGCAGAAAAUGAUUGUUAUCCCAACAAGUUCAACUGUUGAGAUUAAACUCUACAGUGGUACUUACAGUGUAAACUAGCAAGCUUCUUAGGGAUUAAAACAUUGCAAAAAUGACAUACAAUACAAUUUUCUUGAUUAGAAGUAAUAUUAAGACCCUCCAGUGUUAUUCAUAAAGCAGAUUAACCAAAUCGAACUUUUGACCUUAAAAGAAAUACACAUUGAAACCUGA